GCUUACGCCUCCACAACCCGACAUCAUUGGUCAUUAGAAAUAUCCGAGGUCUUAAGGUGAGAGCUAAAUUCGACUUCGCAUGUUUAUCAGUAGGUUAUCUAUUCUUUGGCAUCUCUUAAUUGGUAUUUCUUAACUGGCAUCGACAACGUUUGAGAUGGCCUAUCAAUUUUCCCACUGAAAAUCAACGAAUCAUUUCCUUCUCCGUCCAUUUACUAGGCCCUGUUUUGUGCCCUUCCUCGGAUUAGGUUCCUCAUAGAAUUUGUGGGCAACAUCAGAAAGCGGUUGCUUGCUCCUUUUUAUUAUUAUACAGCAAGAUCCAGGCGGAGCGCAGUUCGUCAUGGCUCCCCGUCCCUAUUUCAACCAAGCAAAAGAGGUGGUAUCUUUUUACGAGAGUAUGCGACUCGAAAAGAUAGACGAAACGACAUAUCGAUCAGUUACUAAGGCAUACUCACCGACCGGAGGUGAGAAUGGUACAUAUGGAGGUCAUGUCUAUUCACAAGCCGCUUGGGCUGCGGCACAAACCGUGGAAGAAGGAUUCGUUAUUCAUAGCAUAACAGGAUAUUUUGUUCUAGGGGGGAUACCCUCGGAGCAUUAUGUGUACUCCGUCCAAAUCGUAAGAGACGGCGGUAACUAUUGUACGCGAAUGGUUACAGCCACGCAAAUUGCUGAGAAAGGAGCGACGUUUACCUGCACCUGUUCGUUCAAAAGGGCAGAGUUUUCCUCGGUGGACUAUCAAUCGAACUUGGAUCUUCAUGGGAAGUACAAGGCCGUACUAGCCGGAAAACAACCCUUUGAUCACCCAGACGCCCCCAGUCUGGAUUCAGACUGGUUCCGUGAAACGUACAUACCGGCACAUCCGGAGCAUUUCAACCCACUGGCAGGGAUGCAUAUCCGGAGUGUUGAUAUGAGUUCAUUCAACACCCGUUUGGCACCUCAUCGCCGACGGAAACUCAUCCUCUACUCCCUCCGCGGUUCCCUACCAUCACCGGCAACCCCAGCAGCCGAUGCCACCCCGACGAAAUCGCGCACCCCAAAAUAUAAAGGACUGUCGUUCACUCGCGCGGCGAAUCUGCACGCCCUCACCCAUAUCUACGCCUCGGACCGCAACUCCCUCUACGUCAUUCCCAACCACCUCGACCUCAGCCGCAAAUAUACGCGGAUGGCUAGCCUGUCCCAUACCGUGAUCUUCCAUUCAUCGCCGGAAACGUUCUUCAUGCCGAACGAACCGCGGACGCACGCGCCGAAUGCGGCACAGACCCAGCAGAACACGAUCGAAGGGGACGAAGGUCUCUCGACCGGCGAGCGGAAGUGGUUCAUGCAGGAAUCUUGGAUGGAAAGGGCAAGUGGUGGGCGCUGUCUGCAUGUGAGCCGGCACUAUGAUCCGGAUACUGGUUGCCAUCUGGCAACCACAAUGCAGGAUGGGUUGGUGCGGUUUAGCACUGAUGCGGAAGUGAAGCUGUAGGCCUAGUUGUUUGGACCAGUGCUAGAAUUCUGACAUCGAUGGGACAUUGUGCAUACCGGAGUAGAAAUAGGGGGAUGGUGAUAAAGUUAAGAGACACGCUUUGAGCAAUAUUCUGGGUAUUCUUAGAAUCGCGGAAUUACGAUACCGUUAUUCUAGCAAUACAUCGCAUCUUUUGUAUUGUACUUCCCCCAAAUGAAUUGGUACUAGAUCGAUGAUUUGAGCUGGCGGUGGCUACAGCGAAUGCAGGCCUUUAGCGGAG